ACUGUAAACUCUGACCAGAUUCAGAUACCAUAGAAAAAAUCUUAAAAAGUGUUAUUUCUAUGCAUGUAAGUCAUCUGCCGGGCGUGAUUAGUGAAAAAAGAAUAUAAUAUAUGAUUUGUCAAUAAAAAUCAAUAAUAUUUUUGAAGAAAAGCAUCAAAAAAAGUCAAAUAAUAAAAAAUCAUCAAAUUAGUGAUCACAAUAAUAAAAGCUAGGUGAAAUCAGUCUCGUAAUCGAAUUAAAUGGAACGAACUACAAAUCGUGGUCGACCAAAAGGGUCGAGAGGUGGUCGCGGUAAAGGAAAAAGAGGAAGAAAGCCACGUGUUGUUGUUUCCGAUACAGAAGAGUCAAAUGAAUUGGAAACAAAUCCAGUGGAGACAGAAGCAACAAAUAUGGAGCCAGAAAUUGACAAUACGACUGACACGCAGGCUGCUACAGUAGCACAAGAUGUCCCAAUUGAAAUGAAAGAGAGUGACAUGUCGCUGGAGCUUGAGGCUCCUUCCUUCACAACAAUCCAGCGGAAUGUACCACAAGUCAUGCUUCGUCUUAAUUGGGAUCAUAAAGUGAAUUUAAUUGGUGAAAAAGUUCUCAAUCCUAUGAUUUACUGUUGUGAUCAGUGCGAAAAGCCUAUUUUGAUUUACGGAAGAAUGAUACAGUGCAAACAUGUAUUUUGUUUAACAUGCGCUCGGACCGAAGCUUUACUUAAGCAGUGCCCGCGUUGUAAAGAAAAAGUGGUUCGUGUUGAACAAACUGGGUUGGGAACUGUGUUUAUGUGCACUCAUGGAGGCACAAGAUAUGGUAAAACGGGCUGUCGAAGAACUUAUUUGUCUCAGCGUGACUUACAAGCGCAUAUUAACCAUCGCCACGUUCCGAUCUCGGCUCCGGCAACGCAAGAUAUAAAACCGACUGAAAAACCAUCUUUACCAAUGGGACAAGGCGUUGGACAGCAUCAAUUAAAUUCUCAUUUAAGAAAAGACUCUAUGGGUCAGCCAUCACCAGUGAUGUCUCAUCCAUCAAAACAGCAUGGACUGAACCAACAAUAUAAUCAAUCAGUGUUCCAUUCAUCUCAUCAACCGAGAAUGAACGAAAAUCAACAAUUAGCACCGCCAACUGGCAUAAUGAACUCACAUUCAGCAGCUAAGAAAAUGUCUCACCACACUCAGGAUAUGCAUGGAUUUUACAAUCAACAUAUGAAUUACAGUGGGCAUCAAUUUAAUAACAAUGGUGCAAGCUCAUCAUCAGCCAUGUCGAAUAAUUAUUACCAACAAUUUAACAACAUGGGUCAUUUUUCUCAAGCGCCACCACAACAGCAGCAUCAACAAAACUGGAAUCAACAGCAACAACAGCAACAGUAUUUCAGAUAAACUCGCGAACAAAGCAACUUUAAUUAGUGAAGUGUAAAAGUUGAAAAUAAUUUACUGGUUGGUUGUAUCAAGAAUUUGUGAAAAAGAAUAAUUUUGAGAAUUAUGAAAAAACGAAAAAGAAGAAAAUAAAAAGUUGAAAUGUGAAUUGCUGGCAUCAGCAAAGAAC